UCACAGCAGCACAGAGGAGAGAGCAAGAAGGAGAGGAAGGAUGAGUGGAUGAGAGAGCACUGAUCACUGAGGUCUCCAGAGAGGAGAGAGGAGAGGCGGGAGAUGAGCAGAGAGAGGGGGCUGAGCCGUCAGCACUGAGAGCAUCUCUCAGCUCAGGCGGCCAUGCUCUAAGCCCUGGAGCAGACACUGCACAGGCAUCAGGCCCGCCUCAGCCAUUCGUCCCCGGCCACAAACGCCGAGGAGGGGAUAACAGAAGAUUCCACUCACAUCAGCUGGGAGUAAAAGCCAUGAGGACAUCCAGGAAGGGCAGCGUGGAGAUGCCUGGGUUUAUGCGGCAGCUGGUGAAAGAGACAGAGAAGAGGGUCAGCUCUUUCUUCAAAGGGGGCCGCGGAGGAGCAGCCGAGGGAGAGCAGCCAGCGGACGGCGAGGGGGAGGAGGUCAUUCCGAGCCCCUACCUGGACCGGCCAGUCCUGGACAAGCUCACCGAGGAGGGCUGCGCCCGCUGGGGCCUGACCUAUGCCCUGGGGAGCAUGCAGGGCUGGAGGGCCCACAUGGAGGACUUCCACAACUGCGUGCCGCAGCUGGGCGGAGAGCUGGCCGACUGGAGCUUCUUCGCUGUGUUCGAUGGUCAUGCUGGCAGCACGGUGGCACAGUACUGCUCGCGGCACCUCCUGGGUCGGGUCCUAGCCACAGGUGGGAUGGGGCCAGAGGAUGACCCCGAACGGGUGAAAGGAGCCCUCACCGAGGGCUUCCUGCAGACAGACAAGCACCUGCACUCUGUGGCACGUCGAGAAGGCUGGGAGAGGGGCGGGACCACCGUGGUGGCCGCCCUCAUCUCGCCGUAUUACAUCUACUUCGCCAACUGUGGCGACUCGAGGGCCAUGCUGUGCCGCUCUAGCCGGGUGUGCUUCUCCACCGAAGACCACAAGCCCUACUGUCCUCUGGAGAAAGAGCGCAUUGAAAGUGCCGGCGGCUCCGUGUCCAUCCAGCGGAUCAACGGCUCCCUGGCAGUGUCCCGCGGUCUGGGGGAUUUCAGCUACAAGGGAGCAGAGAACCGAACGGCCACCCAGCAGAUGGUGUCGCCAGAGCCAGAGGUGUGUGUGGUGGAGCGCUCGCCGGCAGAUGAGUUCCUGGUGCUCGCCUGUGACGGGGUGUGGGACACCAUCAGCAACGAGGACCUGUGCGCCUUCAUCCACAACCGGCUGAGUGUCUGCACUGACCUGAGGGAUGUCUGCACCCAGGUCAUCGACCUCUGCCUCUACAAGGGCAGCCUGGACAACAUCAGCAUCAUCCUGCUGUGCUUCCCUGGAGCCCCCCAGAUGUCAGCAGAGGCAUUACACCAGGAGGCCGAACUGGAGGACCUGCUGGAGUCCAAAGUAGCAGAGAUUUAUGAUGAACUUUCCAUCCGAGAGGAGGAACCUGACCUGCUGUCUGUCCUCACAGUCCUCGCAUCCACCGACAUCCCUGGAUUGCCACCAGGUGGAGGCAUACAGAGCAAAAGGAACUGCAUUAUUUCAGCUUACUAUCAACAAAGAGAGACCCACAAGCCCACACUACCAAAUGGCCUGGGAGGCUCUUGAGAAGCUGGGCUGGUCUCCAAAGAUCCAUGAAGGACUGUAAUUAAUAUCAUUAUUAAAACUGUUUUCUUCAUGUGUGCACUUUGACAAAAAGGGAGAUGUUGAACAGACCACAGGGGUGUUUGUUUACAUCAUACUAGCAAACAACAUCUUGUCGUAACAAGUACAAUGCAAAAUAGAUCUAAUAAAGCCUGAUACAUUUUAUAUUUGUACAAGGACAUUUUGUAAAACUUACUCAGAGACACAAUCCAGCAACAACCCUCUGCCUCAUAUUCAGUUAACAGAAAUACAGAUGAUAAUUUCAAAUGACUGUAAAACUGAAUAACAACCCGCUGUGAAAUAGUACAUUGUCUUUGGAUGAAAUAAUAAAUGAGAAAGUGUAUGUAGAGUUGUAUUUUAAAGAGGAAAGGAAUAAUGGGUUAGUGCUAGCCAAAAGCUAACGUACUGCUUAGAAAUCUCCAUUUGCUUCAACAGGGAGCGCUAACAGGGAGCGCUAACAGGGAGCGCUAACAGGGAGCGCUAACAGGGAGCGCUAACACGGAGCGCUAACACAGAGUGCUAACAGCACUAGCGCUGGGCAGCUGAUGUACAAAUUUAGCAAUGGCAAAAAGUGACAGGCAAAUAAACACGAAUAAUAUGUUUCAUUCUGCUAUUUGAAUUGUAAGUAGACACACUUAGUCAAGAAAAAAUAAACUUCACACAAUAUCUAAACCUUCUUUGAAAAGAGAAUUUGUAGAAUUAGAUCCACUUUGCUCGAGUGACGUUACGUGAUAUGUUAUGAGGUAUUUGUUCAAAUGAUUUGAUAGAUUAUUAUGAAAAACAUAUAUACAGCAUGUCAAAGUUGGAUUGUGAACUUAUUUUGAAACUAAAAGUGUCAAAAACUGUCCAAAUACCCUUAAAUCUUUAUUUUCUGACUGAUCGAAAUCUAUUUUACGUGAAUAAGUUAUAUGCCUAUAGUUUUUGGAAUACUUUCUAGAUUCAUAUUACCAUUCCAUUCAAUAAAGUGUAUGUAAAAUGUGUUUUUCCCGUAAGUCUGAUGCUAUGUUCUGUGCUGCCUUAUUCAUCUUUUAUAUAGUAAAGAUAAAACAAACAGCAUCAAAACGGGUCAGUUUCAGGGUGGGUCGUUAUGUUAUAUAGAUUAUAUAAAAGAUUGUUUUAUCAUUUCAGUGAGUAUUUUUCUGUGUAUAGACAUAACCUAUUAAGAGUUUUGAACCUAAAUAAAGAAUAUUUAAUUGA